UCUAAGACAGUCUUUUUCUUCUUUUUUUUGGCUGCAUUGAUUCUUCGUUGCUGCGCGCUGGCUUUCUCUAGUUGAGGUUCCUUCUUCCUUUUGUCAACAAACAAUUCACUCUCCCUUGGACCUGCUAUCUGCGUCCUGCAGAAACAUUACACUUACGCUAUGGGAAGCGGCACCUCAACCCAACAUCAUUUUGCUUUCCAGAAUGCAGAGAAAGCCUUCAAGGCAGCGGUCCUGAUCCAGAGAUGGUACCGGCGCUACAUGGCCCGUCUGGAGAUGAGGCGGCACUGCACCUGGAGCAUCUUCCAGUCUAUAGAGUAUGCUGGGCAGCAAGACCAGGUCAAGCUCCACAAUUUCUUCAGCUACCUUGUGGAUCACUUCACCCCCAACAAUCACAACGAGAGGGACUUCCUGAACCGCAUGUUCACUGAAGAGAGAUCCCCCCAGGACUCCGAGAUGGAGAAUUGCAGGGACUAUGAAUCCAUCGAGGUACCAGACAGUUACACGGGGCCACGCCUCUCCUUCCCGCUCCUUCCCGACCAUGCAACUGCUCUGGUGGAAGCUUUCCGAGUGAAACAAAGGCUCCAUGCUCGCUAUGUCUUGAAUCUUUUGUAUGAAGCCAGGAAACAUCUGGUACAACUACCAAACAUCAACCGGGUCUCCACUUGUUACAGCGAGGAAAUCACAGUAUGUGGAGAUUUACACGGCCAGUUGGAUGACUUAAUCUUUAUAUUUUAUAAGAACGGCCUCCCGUCACCAGAGCGGGCCUAUGUGUUCAACGGCGACUUUGUGGAUCGAGGGAAGGAUUCAGUAGAGAUCCUGAUGGUUCUUUUUGCCUUCAUGUUGGUUUACCCAAAAGAGUUCCAUCUCAACCGAGGAAACCAUGAGGACCAUAUGGUGAACUUACGAUAUGGUUUCACAAAGGAAGUGAUGCAUAAAUAUAAGACACACGGCAAGAAAAUACUAAAACUACUGCAAGAUGUGUUCUGCUGGCUUCCGCUGGCCACGCUGGUUGAUGAGAAAGUCCUGAUUCUUCAUGGUGGAGUGUCAGACAUGACUGACUUGGAGUUCUUGGCUAAACUAGACAGACACAAGAUUGUUUCCACCAUGAGGUGCAAAACGAGAAAGGAGCAUAAGAAACAGGCGGAGGAGAAGGGAAAAGCCAACCAGACGAGCUCUGCCGGGACACCCUCCCCGUGGUUCCUCCCCCAAAGCCACUCUCUCCCCACCUCACCCCUCCGCCCCAGCACCCAGAAGGCCCACAGAGCCGGGCGCUCCUCCAGCGUCCCCUGCGGGGUCCCCCUGGACCCCAAGGAGCUCUCCCAUCGGGUGCGGCACUCCGUGGACCUGGAGCUGGAGAGGUGUCGGCAGCAAGCGGGCUUCCCAGUGAUCAAGGAGAAGGAGGAACCCUUGCCCUCGGCAUCCGAAGCGGACCCGGAAGCUGAGGGGCGGCGGGAGCCCACUCAGGAGGAGUGGAGGCAGGUGGUGGAUAUACUGUGGAGUGACCCCAUGGCUCAGGAGGGCUGCAAGGCCAACACCAUUCGAGGAGGUGGCUGUUAUUUUGGGCCUAACGUGACAGAAAGGUUGCUACAGAAAUACAAUCUGCAAUUCCUGAUCCGCUCGCACGAGUGCAAACCCGAAGGCUAUGAGUUCUGCCACAGUCGCAAGGUGUUAACCAUCUUUUCUGCCUCCAACUACUACGAAGUUGGCAGUAACAGAGGAGCCUAUGUCAAACUAGGGCCGGCCUUGACCCCGCACAUUGUGCAGUUUCAAGCUAACAAGGCAACCCACACGCUUACCAUGAGGCAAAGGAUUAGCAGAGUUGGGGAGUCAGCUCUGAGAGCCCUACGUGAAAAGUUAUUUGCCCAUUCCUCAGAUCUUCUUGUUGAAUUUAAGAAGCAUGAUAAAGAUAAAACUGGUCUAAUCACCCCGAGUGACUGGGCAGCAGCCGUGGAGUCUGUGUUGCAUCUAGGACUGCCAUGGCGGAUGCUGAGGCCACAGCUGGUGAGCAGCUUGACAGAUAACAAGCUGGAAUACAAGUCCUGGCUGAAAAACUUGGCCAAAGAACAAUUCAGCCAUGAGAAUAUACAAUCAAGUUUGCUGGAAGCACUGUAUCGAAACCGAUCCAACCUGGAGACCAUUUUUAGGAUCAUAGACAGUGAUCAUUCAGGGUUCAUUUCACUGGACGAGUUCAGGCAGACUUGGAAGCUGUUCAGCUCUCAUAUGAACAUUGAUGUCACUGACGACUGCAUCUGUGACCUUGCCCGGAGCAUUGACUUCAACAAAGAUGGCCACAUUGACAUCAAUGAGUUCCUGGAGGCCUUCCGCCUUGUGGAGCAAUCCUGCUCAAAGGGUUAUGCAUCAGAUUGCUGACAAGCCACAAACACUAAUAACAGUGACUGCAGCAGCCCAGAUAAUACACUAAGGCCAGUCUGGUCCCCAUCGUCCAAGGUGCCUUGUAAGCAAUGCUGAGCUCAUUGUGGGAAUAUCUCCCUUAUUCUCCAUAGCUUUGUGGAACUUUAUGCUGAGAAUUUGCCUACCAGUAUGCAUCAGAAUCACCUGUGUAUUCAGGUGAAUUCUACCAAACAUACGAAGAAGAACUUUUACCAAUCCUUCUCAAACUCUUCCAAAAGAUUCAAGAGGAGGGAACACUCCCAAAAACAUGCUAUGAAGCCACCAUCAUCCUGAUACCAAAACCAGACAAAGAUACCACCAAAAAAGAAAGUUACAGGCCGAUAUCUUUGAUGAAUAUAGAUGCAAAAAUUAUCAAAAAAAAUUAUCAAACUGAAUCCAGCAAUGCGUAAACAAGAUCAUACACCACGACCAAGUGGGAUUCAUCCCAAGUUCACAAGUUUGGUUCAACAUACGCAAAUCAGUGUGAUACACCACAUCAACAAAAGAAAAGACAAAAACCACAUAAUCAUCUCAAUACAUACAGAAGAAGCAUCUGACAAAAUUCAACAUUCAUUCAUGAUAAAAACUCUUACCAAAAUGGGUAUAGAAGGAACAUAUCUCAACAUAAUAAAAGCUAUUUAUGACAAACCCACAGCCAAUAUAAUACUCAAUGGUGAAAAGCUGAAAGACUUACCAUGAAUAUCUGGAACGAGACAAGGAUGCCCACUCUCAACACUUCUAUUCAACAUAGUAUUGGAAGUCAUAGCCAAAGCAAUCAGAAAAGAAAUAAAAGGUAUCCAAAUUGGCAGGGAAUAGGUAAAAUUGUCAUCAUAUGCAGAUGACAUGAUACCAUAUAUAGAAAACCCUAAAGACUCCACACAAAACCUACUGGAACUGAUCAAAGAAUUCAGCAAGGUAGCAGGAUACAAGAGUAACAUACAGAAAUUCGUUGCAUUUCUUUACACCAGCAAUGAAAUAUCAGAAAGGGAAUGUAAAAACACAAUAUGUUUUAAAAUCACACCAAAAAAAAAUAAAAUACUUAGGAAUAAACCGGACCAAGGAGGUGAAAGACUGAUAUGCUGAGAACUAUAAAACAUUAAUAAAGGAAGUUAAAGAUGAUUCAAAGAAAUGAAAGAUAUCCCAUGCUCUUGGCCUGGAAGAAUUAAUAUUGUGAAAAUGGCCAUACUACCCAAAGCAAUCUACAGAUUUAAUGUGAUCCCUAUCAAAUUACCCAUGACAUUUUUCACAGAACUAAAACAAAUAAUCCCAAAAUUUAUAUGGAACCAUAAAGAUCCUGAAUUGCCAAAGCAAUCCUAAGGAAAAAGAACAAAAGAGGAGGCUUCCCUGGUGGCGCAGUGGUUAAGAAUCCACCUGCCAAUGCAGGGGACACAGGUUUGAGCCCUGGUCCAGGAAUAUCCCACAUGCCAUGGAGCAACUAAGUCUGUGAGCCACAACUACUGAGCCUGCACGCCACAACUACUGAAGCUCAUGCUCCUAGAGCCUGUGCUCCACAACGAGAGAAGCCACUGCAAUGAGAAGCCCGCGUACCGCAACAAAGAGUAGCCCCCGCUUGCCGCAACAAGAGAAAAGCCCUCACGCAGCAAUGAAGACCCAACACAGCCAUAAAUAAAUAAAUAAAUAAAAAUUAAAAAAUAAAAAAGAACAAAGGAGGAGGCAUAACCCUCCCAGACUUCAAACAAUACUACAAAGCUACAGUAAUCAAAACAGUGUGGUAUUGGCACAAAAACAGACAUAUGGAUCAAUGGGACAGAAUAGAGACCCCAGUAAUAAACCCACACACCUAAGGUGAAUCUUUGACAAAGGAAGCAAGGCUAUAAAAUGAGAAAAAGACAGUUUCUUUAGUGAGUGGUGCUUGCUAAGGUGGUUCUUUAGCAAGUCUACAAAUAACAAAUGCUGGAGAGGGCGUGGAAAAAAGGGAACGCUCCUACACUCUUGGUGGGAAUGUAAGUUGGUGCAGCCACUAUGGAAAAUAGUAUGGAGGUUCCUCAGAAAACUAAAAAUAGAAUUACCAUAUUAUCCAGCAAUCCCACUCCCUGGGCAUAUAUCCAGACAAAACUAUAAUUCAAAAAGAUACAUGCACCCCUAUGUUCAUAGCAGCAUUAUUCAUAAUAGCCAAGACAUGGAAACAACCUAAAUGUCCAUCGACAGAUGAAUGGAUAAAGAAGAUGUGGUACAUAUAUACAAUGGAAUACUACUCAGCCAUAAAGAAGAGGGAAAUAAUGCCAUUUGCAGCAACAUGGAUGCAACUGGAGAUUAUCAUACUAAGUGAAGUAAGUCAGAAAGAGAAAGACAAAUACCAUAUGAUAUCACUUAUAUGUGGAAUCUAAAAUAUGGCACAAAUGAACCUAUCUAUGAAACAGAAACAGAAUCACAAAUAUAGAGAACAGACUUGUGGUUGCCAAAGGGAUGGGAGAGAAGGGGAGGGAUGGACUGCGAGUUUGGGGUUAGUAGAUGCAAACUAUUACUUACAGAAUUGAUAAACAACAAGGUCCUAUUGUAUAGCACAGGGAACUAUAUUCAGUAUCCUGGGAUAAACCGUAAUGGAAAAUAAUAUAAAAAAGAAUGUAUAUAUGUGUAUAGCUGGGUUACUUUGCUCUACAGCACAAAUUAACACAAUAUUAUAAAUCAAAUAUACUUCAAUAAAAAAUAAUAAUCACCUGUGUAUUUGGGGGUGGGAUGAGGUUAGAGUGUUUCUGCAUACUUUUAAAUACAUAGGUGCCCUAUCCCAUUUCAGAAUUUUCGCAAGGUAGGACCCAGGUAUAAGUAUUUUAAAAUUCUGAAGUCUAUCCCACUUAAGAACCACUGAUAAUUCAACCCCUUCAUUGUAUACCUUUUAUUUAUUGUUUUUAUAAUGUCUUGUUGGUAAAGGAAAGUUGUGAAAAAUUGUUUGUGUAAUCCCAUGACCCAAACAUAUGGAUUCUUUUCAUUAUUUACUUUUUCUUGUUAAAACUAAAAUGUUUAUAUAAUUUAAUGUUCUGCUUUUGUUUUAUAAAUUGACAUCUGUGUUGCUACAUACUCUUCAUGAUUAUUCCUUCAAUGGCUGCAUAAUUUCAAAUAGAUGCAAUAUAAUCUAUUCAGCCAUGCUCCAAUUGUUAAACACGUGUAUUGUUUCCAGUUUUUAAUUAUUAUAAAUAAUACUAUGGUUAAUAACUUUGUGCACAUAGCUUGUUUCAUAAAAAGCUCUUGAAUUAUACAUUUUCUUAGGCUAGACUCCCAGGAAUCAGAUUACUUUGUCAAAUGUUGGAGAGUCUAUAAAAAGAUUUACUGUAAGGCUCAUGUGAUUAUGGCAGCUGAGAAGUCCCAAGAUCUGCAGUCAGCAAGCUGGAGACCCCGGAGAGUUGAUGGUGUGGUUCCAGUCUGAGUCUGAAGGCAGGAGAAGACCAAUAUUCCAGCUUAAAGACUGUCAAGCAGAGAGAAAGAAUUUUUUCUUACUCAGCCUUUUUUUUACUUUUAUUUUUUUAUACUGCAGGUUCUUAUUAGUCAUCAAUUUUAUACACAUCAGUAUAUACAUGUCAAUACGUUUGUUCUCUACAUCUGUGUCUCAACUUCUGCCUUGCAAAUCGGUUCAUCUGUACCAUUUUUCUACGUUCCACAUACAUGCGUUAAUAGACGAUAUUUUUUUUCUCUUUCUGACUUACUUCACUCUGCAUGACAGUCUCUAGAUCCAUCCAUGUCUCAAAAAAUGACUCAAUUUCGUUCCUUUUUAUGGCUGAGUAAUAUUCCAUUGUAUAUAUGUACCACAUCUUCUUUAUCCAUUCGUCUGUCAAUGGACAUUUAGGUUGCUUCCAUGACCUGGCUAUUGUAAAUAGUGCUGCAAUGAACAUUGAGGUGCAUGUGUCUUUUUGAAUUAUGGUUUUCUCUGGGUAUAUGCCAGUAGUGGGAUUUCUGAGUCAUAUGGUAAUUCUAUUUUUAGUUUUUUUAAGGAACCUCCAUACUGUUCUCCAUAGCGGCUGUAUCAAUUUGCAUUCCCACCAACAGUGCAAGAGGGUUCCCUUUUCUCCACACCCUCUCCAGCAUUUGUUGUUUGUAGAUUUUCUGAUGAUGCCCAUUCUAAUUGGUGUGAGGUGAUACCUCAUUGUAGUUUUGAUUUGCAUUUCUGUAAUAAUUAGUGAUGUUAAGCAGCUUUUCAUGUGCUUCUUGGCCACCUGUAUAUCUUCUUUGGAGAAAUGUCUAUUUAGGUCUUCUGCCCAUUUUUUUUUUUUUUAAACCAGGACCAAUUUUAUUUUUAUUUAUUUAUGGCUGUGUCGAGUCUCCGUUUCUGUGCGAGGGCUUUCUCUAGUUGUGGCAAGCGGGGGCCACUCUUCAUUGCGGUGCGCGGGCCUCUCACUAUCACGGCCUCUCUUGUUGCAGAGCACAGGCUCCAGAGGCGCAGGCUUAGUAAUUGUGGCUCACGGGCCCAGGUGCUCCGCGGCAUGUGGGAUCUUCCCAGACCAGGGCUCGAUCCCGUGUCCCCUGCAUUGGCAGGCAGAUUCUCAACCAUUGUGCCACCAGGGAAGCCCCCUUGUGCCCAUUUUUGGAUUGGGUUGUUUGUUUUUUCAAUAUUGAGCUGCAUGAGCUGUUUAUAUAUUUUGGAGAUUAAUCCUUUGUCUGUUAAUUCAUUUGCAAAUAUUUUCCCUCAUUCUGAAGGUUGUCUUUUUGUCUUGUUUAUGGUUUCCUUUGCUGUGCAAAAGCUUUGAAGCUUCAUUAGGUCCCAUUUGUUUAUUUUUGUUUUUAUUACCAUUACUCUAGGAGGUGGAUCAAAGAAGAUCUUGCUGUGAUUUAUGUCCAAGAGUGUUCUUCUUAUGUUUUCCUCUAAGAGUUUUAUAGUGUCCGGUCUUACAGUUAGGUAUCGAAACCAUUUUGAGUUUAUUUUUGUGUAUGGUGUUAGGGAGUGUUCUAAUUUCAUUCUUUUACAUGUAGCUGUCCAGUUUUCCCAGCACCACUUAUUGAAGAGACUGUCUUUUCUCCAUUGUAUAUCCUUGCCAACUUUGUCAUAGAUUAGUUGACCAUCGGUGUGUGUGUUUUUCUCUGGGCUCUCUAUCCUGUUCCAUUGAUCUAUGUUACUGUUUUUGUACAAGUACCAUAUUGUCUUGAUGACUGUAGCUUUCUAGUAAAGUCUGAAGUAAGGGAGUCUGAUUCCUCCAGCUCUGUUUUUUUCCCUCAAGACUGCUUUGGCUAUUCGGGGUCUUAUGUGUCUCCAUACAAAUUUUAAGACUUCCUGUUCUAGUUCUGUAAAAAAUGCCAUUGGUAAUAUGAUAGGGAUUGCACUGAAUCUGCAGAUUGCUUUGGGUAGUAUAGUCAUUUUCACAAUAUUGAUUCUUCCAAUCCAAGAACAUGGUAUAUCUCUCCAUCUGUUGGUAUCUUCUUUAACUUCUUUCAUCAGUGUCUUAUAGUUUUCUGCAUACAGGUCUUUUGUCUCCCUAGGUAGGUUUAUUCCUAGGUAUUUUAUUCUUUUUGUUGCAAUGGUAAAUGGGAGUGUUUCCUUAAUUUCUCUUUCAGAUUUUUCAUCAUUAGUGUAUAUGAAUGCAAGAGAUUUCUGUGCACUAGUUUUGUAUCUUGCAAAUUUACCAAAUUCAUUGAUUAGCUCUAGUAGCUUUCUGGUGGCAUUUUUAGGAUUCUCUAUGUAUAGUAUCAUAUCAUCUGCAAACAGUGACAGUUUUACUUCUUCUUUUCCAAUUUGUAUUUCUUUUUCUUCUCUGAUUGCCAUGGCUAGGGCUGCCAAAACUAUGUUGAAUAAUAGUGGUGAGACUGGACAUCCUUGUCUUGUUCCUGAACUUAGAGGAAAUGCUUUCAGUUUUUCACAAUUGAGAAUCAUGUUUGCUGUGGGUGUGUUGCAUACGGCCUCUAUUAUGUUGAGGUAGGUUCCCUCUGUGCCCACUUUCUGGAGAGUUUUUAUCAUAAAUUGUUGUUGAAUUUUGUCAAAAGCUUUUUCUGCACCUAUUGAGAUGAUCAUAUGGUUUUAUUCUUCAGUUUGUUAAUAUGGUGUAUCACAUUGAUUGAUAUGCAUAUAUCAAAGAAUCCUUGCAUCCCUGGAAUAAACCCCACUCAAUCACGGUGUAUGAUCCUUUUAAUGUGCUGUUGAAUUCUGUUUGCUAGUAUUUUGUUGAGGAUUUUUGCAUCUAUAUUCAUCAGUGAUAUUGGUCUGUAAUUUUCUUUUUUUGUAGGAUCUUUGUCUGGUUUUGGUAUCAGGGUGAUGGUGGCCUCAUAGAAUGAGUGUGGGAGUGUUUCUUCCUCUGCAAUUUUUUGUAAGAGUUUGAGAAGGAAGAAUGUUAGCUCUUCUCUAAAUGUUUGAAUGAAUUCCCCUGUGAAGCCAUCUGGUCCUGGACUUUUGUUUGUUGGAAGAUUUUUAAUCACAGUUUCAAUUUCACUUACUUGUGAUUGUUCUGUUCAUAUUUUCUAUUUCUUCCUGGUUCAGUCUUGGUAGGUUAUACCUUUCUAAGAAUUUGUCCAUUUCUUCCAGGUUGUCCAUUUUAUUGGCAUAGUGUUGCUUGUCCUAGUCUCUUAGGAUGUUUUGUAUUUCUGCAGUGUCUGUUGUAACUUCUCCUUUUUCAUUUCUAAUUUUCUUGAUUUGAGUUCUCUCCCUCUUUUUCUUGAUCAGUCUGGCUAAUGAUUUAGCAAUUUUGUUUAUCUUCUCAAAGAACCAGCUUUUAGUUUUAUUGAUCUUUGCUAUUGUGUUCUUUGUUUCUAUUUCAUUUAUUUCUACUCUGAUCUUGAUUUCUUUCCUUCUGCUAACUUUAGGUUUUGUUUGUUCAUCUUUCUCUAGUUCCUUUAGGUGUAAUGUUAGAUUGUUUAUUUGAGACUUUUCUCGUUUCUUGAGGUAGUAUUGUAUAGCUAUAAACUUCCCUCCUAGAACUGCUUUUGCUGCAUCCCAUAGGUUUUGGAUCAUCGUGUAUUCAUUGUCAUUUGUCUCUAGGUAUUUUUUGAUUUCCUCUUUGAUUUUUCACAGAUCUUUUGGUUAUUUAGUAACGUAUUGUUUAGCCUCCAUGUGUUUGUGUUAAUUUUUUUCCCCUGUAAUUCAUUUCUCAUCUCAUAGCGUUGUGGUCAGAAAAGAUGCUUGAUAUGAUUUCAAUUUUCUUAAAUUUACUGAGGCUUGAUUUGUGACCCAAGAUGUGAUCUAUCCUGGAGAAUGUUCCGUGCACACUUGAGAAGAAAGUGUAAUCUGCUGUUUUUGGAUGGAAUGUCUUAUAAAUAUCAAUUAAAUCUAUCUGGUUUAUUGUGUCAUUUAAAGCUUCUGUUUCCUUAUUUUCAUUUUGGAUGAUCUGUCCAUUGGUGUAAGUGAGGUGUUAAAGUCCCCCACUAUUAUUGUGUUACUGUCGAUUUCCUCUUUUAGAGCUGUUAGCAGUCACCUUAUGAAUUGAGGUGCUCGUACGUUGGGUGCAUAUAUAUUUAUAAUUGUUAUAUCUUCUUCUUGGAUUGAUCCCUUGAUCAUUAUGUAGUGUCCUUCCUUGUCUCUUGUCACAUUCUUUAUUUUAAAGUCUAUUUUAUCUGAUAUGAGUAUUGCUACUCCAGGUUUCUUUUGAUUCCCAUUUUCAUGGAAUACCUUUUUCCAUCCCCUCACUUUCAGUCUGUAUGUGUCUCUAGGUCUGAAGUGGGUCUCUUGUAGACAGCAUAUAGAUGGGUCUUGUUUUUGUCUACAUUCAGCAAGCCUGUGUCUUUUGGUUGGAGCAUUUAAUCCAUUAACAUUUAAGGUAAUUAUCGAUAUGUAUGUUCCUAUGACCAUUUUCUUAAUUGUUUUGGGUUUGUUUUUGUAGGUCCUCUUCUUCUCUUGUGUUUCCCACGUAGAGAAGUUCCUUUAGCAUUUGUUGUAGAGCUGGUUUGGUGGUGCUGAAUUCUCUUAACUUUUGCUUGUCUGUAAAUCUUUUGAUUUCUCCAUGGAAUCUGAAUGAGAUCCUUGCUGGGUAGAGUAAUCUUGGUUGUAGGUUCUUCCCUUUCAUCACUUUAAGUAUAUCAUGCCACUCCCUUCUGGCUUGUAGAGUUUCUGCUGAGAAAUCAGCUGUUAACCUUAUGGGAGUUCCUUUGUAUGUUGUCCUUUUUGCUUUGCUGCUUUCAAUUUUUCUUUGUCUUUAAUUUUUGCCAAUUUGAUUACUAUGUGUCUCAGCGUGUUUCUCCUUGGAUUUAUCCUGUAUGGGACUCGCUGCACUUCCUGGACUUGGGUGGCUAUUUCCUUUCCCAUGUUAGGGAAUUUUUUGACUAUAAUAUCUUCAAAUAUUUUCUCUGGUCCUUUCUCUGUCUCUUCGCCUUCUGGAACCCCUAUAAUGUGAAUGUUUUUGCAUUUAAUGUUGUCCCAGAGGUCUCUUAGGCUGUCUUCAUUUCUUUUCAUUCUUUUUUCUUUAUUCUGUCCCACAGCAGUGCAAUCGACCAU